GAGGUAAUCCGAAUAAUAUUUUGCACGGAUAUUCGGAAAUUGCACAGUAUACAACUUCCGGGAUCAAACCAGCAACACCCACAGAUUUUAUUAUCCGAAAUGGAUACCUAUUCACCAGAUUUUGUCCUAUCUUCAUUGAAAAAUGUUAACAAAUUAAGUGACUUGGCUCACUGUCGAUUUUGUUUAAAAAAGGUACUACAGUUUACCUCUGCAAAAACAGUAGAUGUUGCUGCAUUUCUACCUGCAGUUGUCAAUCUGAUGGCCCAUUCUGACCUUCUGAUAAAAAAAUCUGCCUGUCAACUACUGACAAAAAUUUCUGGUGUUCAGUCAGAGUCUCUUUUACUUGCUGUCAAUACAUUGUUAAAGGACUUACAGGAAAGUAAUCCAGUUAUACGAGCUCUUGCUAUACGUACAUUAUGUGCUGUGAAACAUGAAGCGUUUGUGGAACACCGUAUUAAAUGUGUUAAGGAAGGACUAAAAGAUACAAGUUCUUAUGUAAGAAGAACAGCUGUAAUGGCUGCUAUUACUGUGUUUAAAACUCACACAGAAGGUUUUCAGGAGUCGGGAAUUAUUAACAAACUUUACGAGAUGAUUCGUGACUCUGAUCCUAUCGUUACAGUAAACUGCCUGCUAGCAUUAGAGGAAAUCCUGAAAACUGAAGGUGGAAUAGUUUUAAAUAAAAAGAUGGUUGGUUAUUUACUGACAAGAGUUGAAGAGUUUACUCCAUGGGGUAUGGUGUAUGUGAGCAAGUUGUUGCAGAAAUAUUCUCCCAAAACGGAAGAUGAAAUUUUUGAUUUAAUGAAUAUUUUAGACCCUUAUCUAGCACACAACAGCGCAACACUGUCAUUGAACACUUUACAACUCUUUCUUCAUGUGUUAAAAGACAUGCCACAUUUACACGAGGAAGUUUUUCAAAGGUCGCUAAAUGUGUUUCUUUCAAUAUUCUCAUCAGGAAAUCCAGAACUCAUUUCAACUGCCAUUGAGUUUUGCAAGCAAUUUCCACAAACCUCAAAAAUGUUGGCAUUAAAUUAUAAAAGUGUUUUCUGUAAGCACAAAGAUCCACCACACUUGAAAGUGGAGAAGUUGACAUUGAUAACUAAUAUGAUAAAUGUUGAGAACUUUAAGGACAUACUUGAAGAAAUAGUAACAAAUUGUAGCAAUGCAUCUGCAGAAGUGUCAUUAUGUGCCAUACAGUGUUUAGGUAAGAUAGUUACAGACUUUCCUGACAUAGCAGAGAAAUUACUGAAAGCUUUUAAGAAACUUUUACAGAGUGGUAGAGAUCAUGUGGUGUCAAACACAUUGCAGGUAUUGGUGACAUUGUCAGAGAAGAAUGUUGGUGUAGUAAAUGAGUUGGAGGAUCAGUUGUGUAUAAUAGUGAGGAAGUUGUCAGACAAGAACGGUAGAUGUGCUGCCCUCUAUCUGAUUGCUCAGAUGGAUAACUGUUCUUCAGAAUCUUUGUACGUCAUAGAAGAAUUUAUUGAACAGUUUGAUGACCUUGAGAUGGAGGUGAAAAGUCAGUUGUUACUAACGGGAGUGAAAUUAUUUUGUAGACGACCAGCAGAGUAUCAGAAUAUUCUCGGUGAAUUAUUUGAAUUGUGUCUGAGAGAUUCUGAAGCAAGGGAGAUAAAUCAGCAAGCCAAAUUUUAUUUUUCAAUUUUUGAAGCAAAUAUUGACACAGCAAGAAAGAUUUUUGAAGUUGUUUAAGUAAAAAAUGUAGGAAGAAAUACAUUUACAGUGUAUAUAAUCUUAAAGCCUUUUAUUCAUGGUCAUGCUGAACCUUUUUAAUCUGUGAAGAAAACAUUUUUAAGUUGUUAAUUUUUCAACAUAUCUUGCAAUUAUUAAAUGGAAAUUUGCAUUCAACACUGAUAAAAAAGGCAAAAAGGAAAUUUCUCUCCUCAUUUUGUGUUUGUUAAACAAAUAUUGGUGAUUUGAUAAUGAUUUGUGGCAUUUCAUUAUAAAUUCUUAUCAAUUAGUUAUAAAAGUACCUUUA